AGAAAAAAAGUAUCAUGGCGGCAGCUUAGCGAGUGCGCGUGAGCGCGUCCGUUUGUGAGCUACUUUGCGAGUUUCGAAGUUUAACGAAUCUUUACCCCGUUGUUUACCCGUGCUAGGAGCAGCGGCGGCUGCCGCCCGAACACAUCAAACAUGCAUCACAAACUUUUCAUCGCCCGCACUGUUCUCGUCCGGAACAACCAAGUCGAAGAAGCACUGCGUGUUCUAAACCGCAUCCUGGGCAUGGAAGGUAUCUUCGACCGCUACAGACUCACGAGGUACUACGAGAAGCCCACAAAAACGCGACGAAGAAUCAACUACGAAAUCUGCAAGGCCAUCUACGACGAGGACAUGGCUCGCCGGAUCCAGUUCACGCUGCGCAAAAACCGAGCCGACCCUUGGCUAGGAAAUGACUGAAACUGUUCGGGACGUGUUUCUGACGGUACCGCCGAUCGUCUUACCUGCGGUUCCUUCGCUGUUGUAGUUUAUAAAGGUUCAGUACCUGGGCUCCGAAA